AUGGGGCGAGGGGGCAAGCAGGGGGCGCCGGGUCUCUCGGAGGCCGUGGCCGUGGCCAGCUCGGGGGUACUGGAUCGCUCAGCACAGUCGUGGACCCGGAUGCCGAGGGAGAGGAAGCAGGUGGGAGGACGGAGCGGCGGGGAAGCAACCCGGGCCACGGGCUUUCAGCCGGGGCGGAACCUGCCCCCGUGGUUUCUUCCACCGCUGGUCUCCCUCUACAGAGCGCCCUGUACGAGUCAUAACCUUUCGCUGGAAGCUUAUUUCAGUGGCUCAGGGCUUUUUUCCGAAAGCAUGCACGUGCAGGGGUGA